CCCUACCUCCUUUGUUCUGACUAUAUUCACUAGAUCGGGAUACAGGAUGGUACCUUACAUGCUUUGCUUUCAGUUUGUGGCGUGUUGCCUCCUGUUUCUUCUCUACUUGCUCCGAUUUAGUUCUACCAGCAGCGCCGGCCAUGGCCCAAGAAGCUACCCGGUCAUCGGCUGCCUCGUCGCCUUCUACGAGAACCGGCGGCGCCUCCUCGACUGGUACACCGAGAUGCUGUCGGCCUCGCCCACCCAGACGAUCGUCGUUGACCGCCUGGGCGCGCGCCGGACCGUGGUGACCGCGAACCCGGCCAACGUCGAGUACAUCCUCCUGGGCAACUUCGGCAACUACCCCAAGGGGAAGCCUUUCACCGACGUGCUCGGCGACCUGCUCGGCAAUGGCAUCUUCAACGUCGACGGCGACAAGUGGUACGCCCAGCGGAAGCUGGUCAGCCACGAGUUCUCGGCGCGCACGCUCCGUGAACUGGAGAUUGCCGUGCUCGAGGCAGAGGCGCUCGACCGCCUCGUCCCGGCGCUGGACGCGGCCGCUGAGCCGGGCGGCGGCGCCGUCGACAUGCAGGAUCUCCUCCGCCGGUUCGCGUUCGACGUCAUCUCCCGUGUCUCGCUGGGCGUUGACCCGGGAUGCCUCGACCCGGCAUUGCCCGCGCCGAGGCUGGCCACCGCCUUCGACGCCGCCGCCGGCAUCAUCGCCAGGCGUGGGGCUGCGCCGCUGGCCGCCGUGUGGAAGAUCAAGCGCGCGCUGAACAUCGGCUCGGAGCGGCGGCUCCGCGAGGAGGUCAAGGUUAUCCACGAGGCCGUCAUGGAUCUCAUCCGGAGCCGCAAAAAGGAGCGCUUCCUGGUCAACGCCGGCGACGUGAGGAACGACCUGCUGUCGCGGAUGAUCGAUUGCGGCUACGCCGACGAGGAUAUCCGUGACAUGGUGAUCAGCUUCAUCAUGGCCGGGCGCGACACGACGUCGUCGGCGCUGACCUGGUUCUUCUGGCUGCUGAUGCGCCACCGGGACGUGGAGCGAGACGUCCUGGAGGAGAUCACGAGCAUGAGACGGGACAGCAGCAACGGCACCUACGCCGGCGAAGGCUUCGACCUCGACGACUUCCGCAGGAUGCGAGUGCUCCACGCCGCGCUUAGCGAGACGAUGCGACUGUACCCGCCGGUGGCGUGGGACUCGAAGCACGCGGCGGCGGCAGACGUGCUGCCGGACGGCACCCGUGUCGGGCUCGGCGACCGGGUCACAUACUUCCAGUACGGGAUGGGGAGGAUGGAGGCCAUCUGGGGCUCCGACGCCCGCGAGUUCAGCCUGGAGAGGUGGCUCACACUGCCGGCGGACGGCCUCGCGGCGUCUGGCGGCGUGUCUCCCUUCAAGUACCCGGUGUUCCAGGGCGGCCCGCGGACAUGCCUGGGCAGGGAGAUGGCCUUUGUGCAGAUGAAGUUCGUCGCCGGCGCCAUACUCCGUCGGUUCGAUCUCCGCCCCGUCGACGAGGGCCGCACGCCGGCGUUCCUGCCGCUGCUCACUUCCCAUAUGGACGGCGGGCUCAAGGUGACGGUGAGGAGGAGGAAGGUGGAGACCACAGGCAACGGCCUGCACGACGCAGCUACAGCCGAGAACCGAUCAUCUUCUUUUAGCUAGCUAGUGGUAAUUGGUAAAUGGUAACACCCUCGUGUAAAAAAGCAAAUAAUAUUCAUAUACAUCCACUUUGUACAUGUCCAUACAUACGAUGAUCAUAUGAAUCUGAUGUACACACAGGAAUGAAUUCAGAUCCCCACAGAAUAAAAAUUUCGAAUGAUUGCAUUAAA